AUAUAAAACUCCAUAGAUAGACCAAAAGAAACAGUAAAGGAGAGGAGAGGAGAGGAAACCCGUAAUCCAUUAUUAUUCAUUUCUCCCCUUUUCCAUUUAUUUAGACAACCUGCUACAGUCGCACAGACAGGAAGGUAGAGACUACUAUAUCUGUGUCUGUCCCUUUGUCUUCAAGAGUACUUAAACCGCCAGUUGCAGGCAAAACAUCUUUCUUUUAUCGCCAACUACUUUAGUUAAAGAAGGCUUCUCUUAAACAGCUCUUUCAUUCUUCAUCAAAUUUUCUAACUUAACUGUCAAUUUCUAGUAUUUGUAGACAAAGAUGGCUUCUCUCACACCAAUCUCUCAAACCCAGUUUUUAUUUAACAAACCCCUCCUCAAAUCCUCAUCUCCUCGUCUUGAAACUUGUUUUCAAUCAAGUUUUGUGUCGAAAAGGUUGUGUUUUCAAUUGAAAGUUCCAGUCUUUGAUAGAAUGCCUUUGAAAAAUACUGCUGUUGUGGCUGCUACAACGGCUGAGAAGCCUAAGAAGAGGUAUCCAGGUGAGGCAAAAGGGUUUGUAGAGGAGAUGAGGUUUGUGGCUAUGAAGUUGCAUACAAGGGAGCAAGCAAAGGAAGGGGAGAAGGAGGUGAAGGAGAAAGAAGAAGAAGCUGUCCGUAAGUGGGAGCCUUCUAUUGAUGGCUACUUGAAGUUUUUGGUUGAUAGCAAGUUGGUUUAUGAUACCCUUGAAGAGAUUGUUGAAAAAGCUUCUUUUCCUUUUUAUGCUGAGUUCAGAAACACUGGACUGGAAAGGUCUGAAAAGUUGGCAAAAGAUUUGGAGUGGUUCAAAGAACAAGGCUAUAACAUUCCCAAACCUUCUUCUCCUGGUGUUACCUAUUCACAGAUUCUGCAGGAAUUGUCAGAGAAGGAUCCUCAAGCAUUUAUUUGUCACUUCUACAACAUAUAUUUUGCACACUCUGCUGGUGGUCAAAUGAUUGGGAGGAAGGUAGCUGAGCAGUUACUUAACAAAAAGGAGUUAGAAUUCUAUAAAUGGGAUGGUGACCUUUCCCAGCUGUUGCAGAAUGUCAGGGACAAGUUGAAUAAAGUUGCGGAGGGCUGGACCAGAGAGGAGAAGGACCACUGUUUGGAAGAAACAGAGAAAUCAUUCAAGCAUUCAGGGGAGAUUCUUCGCCUAAUAUUAUCAUGAUGUUUAUAAUUGCUUGUAGUCUUUUGUAAUGGUGCAAGCCUUAAAAUGUUGAAGUUGUUUCUUUUGCGUGGUAACUUUACUUCCAUUGAAAUCAUUUGACUUCUGUUAUUGUGUAAAGAACUUCAUUCAAUGUACAAAUAAAUUCAACAAUCAUUUGGCCAA